AUGAAAAUUAUGUCUCUUGAGACCCGUGCAUCGUCCGCGGAACAGGAAAACGACUCCCUAAAAUUAGCAUUAAAGCUUAUUAUGCAGGAAAUGAGCGUAGGAGAGCGUCAACUAAAGAGGAAUCAGAGUUACGAGGUAACUGCCCCUUAAGGAAAUUCAAAGAGUGAUAAUGCCCAGUCUAAUGAGAGCUCUAAUCCUGAAAACGAAUGGCAAACCGUUGACGCGAAAAAGAGAAAGAAAGAGAACAAAACACGGAGAAAGAAGAUCAAUGAAGCACAGUCCAACGCCCAUGAUGACACGGAAAAUUCCACGCCAGCAAACGAAAGUACUACCUUGUUGAUUGGAGACUCUAUGAUAAAGAAUAUCCAAGGUACACGUUUAGGAAAAGCCGUUGGUCAUCGGGUGGUGGUUAAAUCGUUCUCCGGUGCCACCACCAAAGCUAUGAAGGAUUACCUUAAACCUAAUUUGGAGCUUUCACCGGACCAAGUGAUUCUGCAUGUGGGCACUAAUGAUCUCAAAAGUAAAGAACCACAACAAGUUGCCGGCUCAGUGGUAGAUCUCGCCAGACAAAUUGAAAACUCAUCCGAUGCCAGAGUAAUUAUAUCUGAGCUCGUGUCAAGAAGAGACGGAUUCAAUGAAGCCGUGAAAACAGUUAAUAAACGACUGAAGUCCUACUGCCGGCAGAAUGGAUGGAAAUUUAUCCAGCAUCAAAACAUCUCCGAAAAGGAACUUAACAAGGGCGGAUUACAUCUUAAUUUUAAAGGUAAUCAACAGUUUUUUGAGAACUUUCAGAUGAGUUUAGGUUGAAAUGAUGCGCUAUCCACCGAUGCCGUGCCUAUUCAAUGUACAAAACGCAAUACUGAGGAAUCUCAUGAGCCUACCUCAGUGUUGCCAUCUCAACGAGGUUUUAAAUUAGCCUCUUUAAAUAUCAAUAAAUUAAUCACACACAUAGAUCAACUUAGAAUUCUUCUAGCGCAUAACGAAAUAGAUAUUUUAGCGAUUAAUGAAACUAAGCUCAAUGAAACUAUUAGCGACAAUGAGGUCAACAUCUCUGGCUAUGAUAUAAUUGGACGUGAUAGAAUUACAAACGGUGGAGGAGGAGUGUGUUUCUAUGUGAAAAGUUCAAUAAAUUUUACCAUACGAAAUGAUUUAAACAUGGACACUCUUGAAAAUCUAUGUCUGGAAAUUCAAAAACCUAGAUCUAAACCGUUUGUUGUUGCCACGUGGUAUAGACCACCUGAUUCUCCUAUUGGUAUUUUUUCACCUUUCGAA